AUGGCUCCAGUCAUCAUCACCGCUCGUGAUGAUCCUGACAAUGUUCACUUUGGGUCUCUCACCGGCACUGCUGCAACUACGGCGGCCAUAGCCGUGUUCGUGGCUUGCUUCCUCGUGUCUGUUAUAUGCGUCCGGGUGGCGUAUAUCAUCCGCACUCGGAGAGGUGCCGCCGGAGUGCAGCCUUGGUAUGCUGCUGCCAUUCGGCACGUUCCCAUCGGCCGUGCCCAGGCAGACUUGGAAGCAGCUCGUGGCGUCGAGAAUCAUGAACUGGUUGACAUGCCAGCGGCCAACAACAACCGCCACUACCCCUAUGGUCCCAUGCCGAAUCCAGUGCAAACCAUUCCCACGCCCAUGCCCACCCAGCCUCAGCCUGUCUACAGCGGCAUGCCAGCCGCCGGCAACUUCGAUUUCGGCAAUGGCCGCGUCAACUUCGACGCCUAUCACGCCGCCUUCCCGAACGGGCUUCGCGGCAGAGAGAAUGCCCGCGACAACCAGGGCCGUGGAAACACGGGAGGGUCCCCGCCUCCUCCUCCGCCUUACAACACCGACAACGGCAACUGGGAUGUGUUCUCGGAUGGCUCACUUUCCCCUCUCCCGAGCCGUAUGCUAACCGCCAGCCUUGCCAGCGUCGUUGUCCACGCAACGAUCGUCUCCGCUCUGUCCGCCACACCAGCCGUCCCGUUGUGGGACGCCAUUUCCAGCAGGCUGCUGCUUCCCGCUCCGGGCGCCUCGCCCCGGGAUACCGGCGUCAAGGUUCCGGACAGCGUGCCCAGGGCUUGGGAGAGCGGGACAGCUCUUCCGAAUCAUCUUUGGUCGUGGUCUUGA